GUAUCGGUGUUGAAUUUUGAAAUGUAAUUGAAACAGAAAUAUUGAAAACAAAUCAAUUCAGAAAACUAGUUGAAUUUUUAGAAUGUUUAUUAAAUUCUUAAUCUUAGCAUUGAAUUUAGUAAGUAGUUUAAGUUAUGAAAUGUAUGGAUAUGUUGUUUAUUGUCCUUGCAUGGGUAGAUUUGGAAAUCAAGCUGAUCAUUUUUUAGGGGCAUUGGCAUUUAGUAAAGCAAUCAACAGAACACUUGUUUUACCACCCUGGGUUGAAUAUAGAUAUGGAGAGGUGAAAUCCAUACAAGUUCCAUUUGAUACCUAUUUUAAUAUUGAUACUUUACAUCAGUACACUCAUGUUAUAACCAUGAAGGCUUUUAUGGAAAACAUAGCCCCAGUGGUAUGGCCACCGCAAAAUAGAAUCUCAUUUUGCUACACACAGAGAAUUGGUGAAAUUGAUAACAGUUGCAAUGCGAAAUCUGGUAAUCCUUUUGGGCCAUUUUGGGAUACUUUUGGUAUAGAUUUUGUUAAAUCUGAAUUUUAUGGGCCUUUAAACUAUGAUGCUCAUAAUGACAAAGUGAUGGAAUCUUGGACUCAGAAAUAUCCAUCAGAACAAUGGCCUGUGUUAGCUUUCACUGGUGCACCAGCAAGCUUUCCAGUUCAAGUUGAAAAUGUACAUUUACAAAAAUACUUAACUUGGAGUAGUGAUAUUCUGAACAGAUCAAGAUUAUUUAUUAAGAAGAAUAUGAGUGGUGGUGGAUUUCUAGGAAUACAUUUGAGGAAUGGCCAAGACUGGGUAAAAGCAUGUCAACAUGUGCCAGACAGCCCUAAACUGUUUUCAGCACCACAAUGUGUGGGAUAUAAAAAUGAAAAAGGAAAGUUAACGCCAUCAAUGUGCCUGCCCCAUAGAAGUGAAAUAAUAAAGCAAAUCAAAAGAGCUCUUAAAAAAUUCAAGGAUAUUAAGUAUUUGUUUGUUGCAUCCGACUCAAACCACAUGAUUGAAGACUUGCAAACCUCUCUUAUGAACUUGAAAAUAACUGUACUGAAACAACAUCCAAGCAAUCCGCAUCUAGACCUAGCUAUUUUGGGACAAGCCAAUUAUUUUAUUGGUAACUGUGUAUCAUCAUUCACAGCGUUUGUAAAGCGUGAUAGAGAUACUAAAGGAUUACCUUCAGAAUUUUGGUCAUUUCCUGAUAGGAAAAAAUUUAAACAUGAAGAACUCUAAUACCAGUAUAGGUAAUGUGUUUGAGUAAAGACUAUGUUGUUGCAAAACAAAAGCCUCAACUUAUGUGGACCACAUGUGAGAACAUUCAGUGGAGAAAGUAUACUUACCUACUGUUGUAUUACUCUUGUACUAGACAAUUUGUUUAUUGCUCAUGAGGACAAUGUCAUGAGCAAUAAACAAUGGCUGUUCAAAAGUAAGUACCUAUGAAAAUAAUGCUUUGCCUACUUGUAAUAUUUGGUACAAAUAAAUGGUUACUUGAGUAUGUACCUACUGUUUUUAUGGGUUGAGCUGACAAUUUUGUAAUGGAAUCUAAAAAAAUAU